CGCCCAGGUCGCCAUUCAAAUAACUGCACGACGCCGGCAUCGCAACCGCCCGCAACCUCUCGACACGCUGACCUGCCAGGCUGGCCCUGGUUUUGCUUCUUCCUCUGCCCCGAUGCAUGUUUAAUAAACCCGCCGUCCUUUUGUCUCAGACCCAGCGAGCACCCGCGGCCAGCGCCCUGCCUGCAAGACCGGCCCCGCCCAGCUCGAACUGCGAACUGCUCUAUAUAAACCUACAAACCUGUCUGCUGCGUCUCUUCCUCCUGUUUCGCCCUCUGCUGGAUGCCACGGGAGGUUUCGGCGAGAUGGCGCUGCUGCAGAACGAAGAGUUCACCAUCUGGCAGCUUCGCACCUCGUACCUGGCUACGAUCAAGGACGGCGUAGGCGACCGGCUCAUCAACGUCAACUCCUCGAUCCUCAACUCGCCCUGCUUCCGCUCGGCUGGGUGGUCGGCUACAGCGGACCCCAACGCAGCCCAUAUCAAGCGGACGCACUCGCCGCCCAUACCCACGGCGACGACGGUGGGGGAGCAAUAUGCUGGAUCUGGGUCUCAAAGUACUGCGCGGCGAGGGAACGGGAGCGGGAGCGUGACUGUGAGGAAUGAAGUCAUUACGAGAGAGGGCAGCUAUGCUGGGGAGGAUACGCUGCAGCUGGGGAACAGGCGUGGAACGGCAGCGGAUGAAGAUGACGAUGAAGAGAUCACACUGAACACGGAGGGGAUUACGGGCUUGGGGUUUUCGAAUAUCAUGCGCCAGACACACAAGAAGAAGAGCAGCCAGACGGAUUUGAGACGGCGAGGGAGACAGAAGGUCUCGAGACGGCCUGUUACUCCAGGCGAGGCCGAGGAGGAUAGCAGCGAUCUCAGCGAUGAGAGUGAUGAAGAAACAUCUAGACAGAGGGCUAUGAACCAGAUACAGUUUACGAAAAUGCCUGUUCGACACCGGGCGGAUUCCUCGCCCAUCAGAGGCUCAGAGCACCAGGGCGGCCCGCGGGUACUGAUAACUUCGCCGUCUCUACGGUCGGUGGACAAUCGGUUCCGAAGAAGCUCGCUGGGGGCCGUGGAAGCCAUCAAGUCUCGGGCCAGACGAGACACAACUACAAGCAGUGACAUGUCGUCUGAUAUCGAACUAGAUCCCGAAGCCAUGAAACGACGGCAGAUAAAGUUUUCUAAACAUGAGAACGAGACGUUUGUCCCGCGGGAAGAGGACGAAGACGCAGAAAGCGAGAAGUUAGAAGAAGAAGUUGAGAUGGAGGCUGAGCUGGCGAAUGGAGGACUAGGAGUGCGCCGGGAUGAGCAUGAACAUGACGACGACUCGAUUGCCGGGUCCGUUGAGUCUGCUAUAUCUUCGGACUUUGGACAUACGGCUGGCUCAGGCUCGUUGUUAGGCCGGGGUGGACUGGGUGCUUCGUCGCCCUUGAUAUUGAACAAGAUACCCAAGUCAGGCGGUAGUGGGAAUGCAGCGCCGUCCGUAUCGGCUACGGCCUCGGGAGCAGCAUCAGCAGCAAAUACCUCGCCGAGAAAGGAUAGGGAUGCAGGGACGAGUACGCCAGCGCUGCCUCGAUUACCGGCUGCACAGGCAAUCACACCACACCCAGAGCCCGUCAGUCUGCUGUCCAACAUGCUGAAUGCGCGCAAAAAGGCGCCAGAGAACCCGAUGGAGAAGUAUGCUGCUCUGUCGGGCAAAGGAUCGUCGGAAACACCGCUGUAUAUCAAGCUGUAUACGCCCGGUGCUGAAGACCCGGAAGAGCCCAUGGACAUGCCCCUGACCAAGGACACCAAGGACGGCGACCACUCACGGCCCGUCACUGUUGCAGAGGCUAUUGGGCUUGCUCUCUGGCGGUAUACGGAGGACAAGAUCCAGCCUGCCAUUGACGCAUCGAAACUGGGGGUGAAUUACUGGAAUCUUCGCAUGGUUGAGGAUGGAGAAGUUGACUAUGACUUCCCACCGUUAGCCAGGAAACGGCCGAUUACAGACUUUACGUCGAAUAACAACCGGGCAGCCGGGUUCAGAGGCCGGUCGAGAAGCAAACCGUACGAUGAGUUUGCGCUGGUAGAGGCCUCGCCUGCUGAGUUUGCUGAGAACGAGGCUGCGUGCCCCGGGGAUAGCAUAGCCGUACCGGAGGCCUCUACACCUACGGCUGCACCAACGGAAGCAGCAGCAAAUGCACAAGGAGGAACAUCUGCCGCACCAGGUCUGCCGGCAAACCACAUCAAGGUGGCCAUAGGCGGACGCAUGAACCCGAUCCUGGGCCAGCCAUUCAGCUCUGCGCUCAACGACAGCUCGCUGCGGCCCGCCGACCUGCCGGCCAUCCCUACGAUGCAGGCCACGCCUCGCCUGGGCGUAUCAACCCAGCUGAAAGUGCGAUAUGUCGACCUGGAGGCAUCCACACGCACCACAACCCUCAACACCUCCACCGACAGCUACAUCGCCGAGAUCUUGGACUCGGUAUGCAAGAAAUGGCAGCUGGACAAGGGCAACUACCUGCUCAAAAUCAUGAACACCAACACCGUCGCACCGCUAGACCGCACCGUUGAGGCCCUGGGCACAAACACAGACCUCGACCUGAUCCGCCGCCGUUUUGGCGCAGGCCCGUUGUCUCUCAUGGGCUCGCCUGGCAGCUCGUCCCCCAGUGCACCCUUGCUCGUCGACACCAGCACCAACGGGGCCUCGAAGAAGAGCAAGAAGAGCGCCGCCUCACGCAUGCUGCAUCCUCUCUCGCAGAAGCAGGACGUGAUUGUCGGCGGCUACUAUAAACGUUACAAUGUCAUUCGCAAACAGUCCAUGUCCUUCACCACGUCCAGCCAGCGCGUGUUGGCGUUUGACAACGACUACAUGCACAUCAUGCCGGCGGAGACGGGCAGGACGCUGUUCGAGGCCAGCAGCAAGACGACGUCGAUCUCGUUUUGCGAUGUUAUUGGGUCGAAGGUGAGCAGGAGGCAUCCGAAGAGCUUCCGGUUUGUGGUCGUCAGGGGCGCGGAUGCGACGGACCAGAAGAGGUAUGACUUUGAGGCGAAGAAUGCGGUUGAAGCCAUUGAGAUUGUCGAUGAGAUCAAGAAGAACAUGGCUCAUUACCGGCUGUGAUGUGUGUCUUUUCUUAUGGGAUUGCUACUCGUUCCUGGCUGUGAUGUCUACUUGAUAUGGCUGGUGUUUCUGUCUGUCUGUUCGGUGUUUGUAUCUAUGGAACGAGGAAUCAGGACUCUUGUCGGCUUGGAUAGAAUGCAUUUACUGUGUGUCUGCUCUGUGUUCUUUGGCUGUCUUUAUCCUUCUAUAUCCCCUAUAUCUCUGUAGUCGCGACUCCUGAUAUCAAAAUCUACCAAACAUCACCAACUUCGCCUCAACGUCAACCGCCAACUCAAUAUAACAGCAGCAGCAGCAGCAGCAACAGUGUACUAUUAAUAUGCUAUAUCAAUAACCUGUAUGAACAUCUGUCUGAUCUCUCCCUCUUUGCUUCUUCUCAACCAGCUCACUGACCUGUGGCGCUGAUCGUCUUUCUCGUCCUGUAUCUGACCAACUUCGCCAGCUUCGUCUUCACCACCAACCGACUCCAAACCGCAUCAAACUCCCCAUCUCGCAACUCGUCCAGCUCUGUCUCACGAACUACGCCCUGCCGGCCUCUUAUUCUCUUGUCCUCGCCGCUGAAACAGCCCUUGUUCCAC